AUGCACAAGGGAGCCGAAGUUUUGUUUUCUGUGGACUGCACCAAGCUGAAGGACUAUUUUCCAGCAGAAAAAAGAGAAUUUGAUUCUAUUUAUUUCAACUUCCCUCACUGUGGGAGAAAGUCUGGGGUCGUGAAGAACAGGGAGCUUCUUGCCCGCUUUUUCCGCAGCUCUGCGGAGGUGCUGGCAGAGGAGGGAGAGGUCCAUGUGGCUCUUUGCAAUGGUCAGGGCGGGACACCUGCUGACCAACCAAGGAGGGAAUGGCACAACAGCUGGCAAAUCGUGGCAGUGGCAGCAGGAGCUGGAUUCAUCCUGAGUGAGGUUCAUCCUUUUAAAGCAGAGACUAUCCAUGGGUACCAGUGCACAGGCUACAGGAGUCAAGAUAAAUCUUUCCGUGUAGAAGGUGCUUUAAACCACAUUUUCACCAGGAGCACACCCCUUCCCUGCUUCAAACCUGUGGUCUACCAAACAGAAGUGGAAAACCAAACAGUUUAUUUUCAAGUACCACAAGUACUUGUGGAUAAAAUUGAUAGGGGUUUUCUAGAACUCAAUUCCAAUCAUCCAGUAAGGACAGUAAAGGAGAAGCUCACUGCAGAGCUCGACCAAGCCUUUCUGCUGCAGAACACUGACUGCUGCCUUCCCCUGCUCCACCAAGGUCACCUCAGUGGGGUUUGUCACUCAAAUCUCUUUUUGAUCACUCUGAGCCCAGAGGAGACUCCAAGCACUGAGGAAGUGGCAAAUGAAGUUUCAUCUCCUCAUGUUGACUUUUGCAGGGACACAGAUGGGAGUGGCUGGGUACAAGGGGGAUGCCACCUUUCAAAACAGUAUUAUCUUAGACCUUCCCUUCUACCUUAUGCUCAGGCAAUAAUACAAAGAGGAACCUUUGUCCCAGGAAUACUUACAGUUCUGUCUGGCCCAGUUUUCAGGAAGUGUCGUAUCACUCCUUACUCCAUGCCUGUUUUUCAUGAGAUCAUAUUUGCCUGUACAGUUAACAGGGGCACAGAGAGCAGCUGUAUCCAGAUGUUGGUGAAGAACAUGAAAACCAGCAUACAUUCUCUUCACCAGGCUGUUUCCAGCUCUAAACUGAGUAUCAGUCUGCAGGAAGCAACGAGCUUUGAGACAACUGAGCUCAAUGACUUUGCUGCUUUUGAAUCUCAGCUUAGUCAGGUUCAGUACUUCAUCUGCAUGGACACAGACACUUUGGGCUCCUGUGAGAGGGGCCUCUGUGCGGGAGUUGUAAGGACAGCUCAUGAUGAAUUAACCAGCAGUGACUUGGUUGUUGUCUUGGCUUCGUUGAAUCUCGACCUCCUGGCCAUGCUGAUCUGUGGAAUUCCUGACUGGCGGAUGCUCUGGACAUCAGACAAACGGUUCCUCCAGCAGUUUCCUAGAGGGGAGUUAAGGCUUUUCAAGAGUUUUUCUCUGUAUCCACCUUCCUAUGUCCACGAUGUCAGCUUUUGGCUUCCUGAUGGGGAGCGAUUUGAUGAAGUUGCUUUUCACACCAUUGCUAGGCAGGUGUCAGGUGAAAUGGUGGUGUCCAUCCAGUUAAUUGACAGCUUCCAGCGGGCAGAGACCGGACUGAAGAGCCUGUGCUACAGGCUGACCUUCCAGUCCUGCGACAGGGCCCUGAGCCGCCAGGAGGUGGCACAGAUGCAGGAGAGAUUUCGGAAGGAAAUUGCCCAGUGCCUGGGAGUGACUCUUCGCUGA